CGCGCUCUCGUGCACGCGGGCAGCUCAGUGCCUCAUCAUGAGCGCUCGGCAGGGCUGCUCUGACACGGCGUCGGGUCCUCCGUAGUAUGCCCGCAGCGUGGAGAGCUUCGAGCGGUGUGGAUGCGCCUCUGUGACUCUGAGCGCGCAUCUUGUUCCCCCACUUCAGCGCCACAGUUUUUUUUUGGGGGGGGGGAAAGGAGCGAUGAGGGGAACUCGGGAGCGGGCUGAAGGUGCCCACCAAGUCUGACUGUGCUUCGGAGGAACAGAGUCUGAAGAAAGAUGUAAGAAUCCGCAGGCGAGCCUCACGGAUUCCCAGCCAAAAUGCAGAAAGGGAUGAGACUCAACGAUGGCCACAUCACCUAUUUGGCCCUUUUGGCGAAGAAGGACGGGACGAGGCGAGGCUUCUUGAGUAAGAAAAGCUCAGACAACACAAAAUGGCACUCGAAGUGGUUCGCCCUGUUGCAGAAUAUGAUGUUUUAUUUCGAGAACGAGUCCAGCUCACGUCCCUCCGGACUGUACCUGUUGGAGGGAUGCGUCUGUGACCGGGCUCCGUCACCGAAACCGUCUCUGUCAGCGAAGGAAUGCUUAGAGAAGCAGUUCUACUUCACCGUCACUUUCAGUCAUGAGAACCAGAAGCCUUUGGAGCUGCGCACAGAAGAUGUCAAAGACUGCGAUGAAUGGGUGGCUGCCAUCACACAAGCCAGUUACAGAAAUCUGGCCACAGAGCAUGAGACCCUCAUGCAGAAGUAUCUUCAUCUGCUCCAGAUAGUGGAAACAGAGAAAACUGUAGCCAAGCAACUUCGACAACAGAUAGAGGACGGGGAAAUCGAGAUAGAAAGGCUGAAAUCUGAGAUUUCUGGGAUUCUGAGGGAUAAUGAAAAGAUCCAGUCAAACCCAGAGGUGCCCCCCAGCGAGGAUGACACAGAGAUCAAGAAGAUCAAGAAGUUUGUGAGGAACCAUCAGUACAGUUUGCAGAUCCUGGCCCACUGCAAGCAGAACAGAGACUUUGAUAAACUGCUGAAGCAGUACGAGUCCAAGCCUGACUGUGAGGAAAGGACGCUGGAGACAUUCCUCACUUACCCCAUGUUCCAGAUCCCUCGCUACAUCUUGACAUUGCAUGAGUUACUGGCUCAUACUCCUCAUGAGCAUGUGGAAAGAAACAGUUUAGACUAUGCCAAGUCAAAACUGGAAGAAUUGUCAAGAAUCAUGCAUGAUGAGGUGAGUGAAACAGAGAACAUCAGGAAGAACCUGGCCAUCGAGCGCAUGAUUGUCGAGGGUUGUGAAGUGUUGCUUGACACCAGCCAAACAUUUGUGAGACAAGGUUCUCUAAUUCAGGUGCCAAUGAGUGAAAAAGGGAAAAUCACAAGAGGCCGCCUGGGUUCUCUGUCUUUGAAGAAGGAAGGGGAGAGACAAUGCUUCCUGUUCUCCAAACAUCUCAUCAUUUGUACCCGAGGAUCAGGAGGAAAACUUCACAUCACAAAGAAUGGAGUGGUGUCUCUCAUAGACUCUACCCUGAUGGAGGAGCCCGAGGGAACAGACGAUGAGUCCAAAGGGGAGCGAAGCGGCCAGGAUGCAGAGCAUCUGGACUUUAAAGUUAUGGUGGAGCCCAAGGAAGGCCAACCUUACACUGUCAUCCUUGUAGCRUCAUCACGACAGGAGAAGUCAGCAUGGACAAGUGACAUAAGUCAGUGCAUCGACAACAUCCGCUGCAACGGUCUAAUGAUGAACGCCUUUGAGGAAAACAGUAAAGUCACAGUGCCACAGAUGAUUAAGUCAGAUACCAGCUUGUACUGUGAUGAUGUCGACAUUCGCUUCAGCAAGAUGAUGAACUCAUGCAAGGUACUGCAGAUCCGCUACGCCAGUGUGGAGCGCCUGUUGGAGAGGCUGAUCGACUUACGCUUUCUCUCCAUUGACUUCCUCAAUACCUUCCUUCACUCAUACCGCGUCUUCACCAGUGCGGACAUAGUCCUGGACAAGCUCAUCACCAUCUACAAGAAACCAAUCAGUGCCAUCCCUGCACGCUCGUUGGAGCUCUUCUUUGCCAGCAGCCAGAACAACAAACUCCUUUACGGUGAGCCACCCACGUCGCCACGUGCCAGCCGCAAGUUCUCCUCGCCGCCUCCUCUCUCCAUCACCAAGAAUUCCUCUCCGAACCGCCGACGCAAACUUUCACUCAACAUCCCCAUCAUCACUGGGGGCAAGGCCCUGGACCUUGCAGCACUCAGCUGCUCUCCCAAUGGCUAUGCAAGCAUGCACACAACCAUGUCACCCUUCAGCAAGACCACACUUGACAUUAACAAGCUCUACGUGUCCAGCACAAUGGCCAGCAAAAUCCCUGACGAGGGAGAGUCCAAAUCUGAGGGAAAAGCUGAAGAGUCCGUCCCUGGCAAGCAAGAUCGGUCUGUCAGAGAGGAAUGCGAUGAAGAGCAGAGUCAGAGUGAUGAGGCAGAAUCAGAAAUGUCUCCUCCCAAGUCACCGUCGACACCCAAGAAUGUCAAGUCAAAAAACUCAGAGUUUUCCCUGUUUUCCUUCAACAAUGGCAUGGUGGUGUCAUCCUGCCGGGAGCUUGAGAAUAACCGCAGUGCCCUAUCCGCUGCCUCGGCCUUUGCCAUCGCCACAGCUGGUGCCAAUGAAGGAACGCCGACCAAGGAAAAGUACCGCCGUAUGUCCCUCGCCAGCACAGGUUUUCCUACAGAUCAGAGGAACGGAGACAAAGAGUUUGUUAUUCGCAGAGCUGCUACAAAUAGAGUCCUGAAUGUGCUGCGUCACUGGGUGUCCAAACACUCACAGGACUUUGAGCUGAACACAGAGCUGAAGAUGCGGGUAAUUGGCUUCCUGGAGGAGGUGAUGCAUGACCCAGAGCUCCUGACACAGGAAAGAAAAGCAGCUGCCAACAUUAUCAGGACUCUCACUCAGGAGGAUCCUGGAGACAGCCAGGCCAGCAUUGAGGAGAUCACCCAGAUGGCUAUGGAAGAAAGUAAGACUGAACCUUUUGAGAACCAUUCUGCCUUGGAGAUUGCUGAGCAACUCACAAUGCUGGACCACCUGGUCUUUAAAGUUAUCCCUUAUGAGGAGUUCUUUGGACAAGGCUGGAUGAAGAACGACAAAAAUGAGAGGACACCAUACAUAAUGAAAACAACCAAGCAUUUUAAUGAUAUCAGUAACAGGAUCGCCUCAGAGAUCCUUCACUGGGAUGAUGUCAACAUGAGGGUGGCUGUGAUUGAGAAGUGGGUGGCUGUGGCGGACAUUUGCCGCUGCCUCCACAACUACAAUGCCGUUUUGGAGAUCACGUCCUCGCUCAACCGGAGCUCCAUCUUCCGCCUCAAGAGGACCUGGCUAAAAGUGUCCAAGCAGACRAAAACUGUGAUCGACAAGCUGCAGAAGCUGGUGUCGUCAGAGGGCCGCUUCAAAAACCUAAGGGAGGCUUUGAAAAACUGUGACCCUCCAUGUGUUCCUUACCUGGGAAUGUAUCUGACUGACUUGGCCUUCAUUGAAGAGGGAACACCAAACUACACAGAGGACAACCUGGUCAACUUCUCCAAGAUGAGAAUGAUUUCGCACAUCAUCAGAGAGAUCCGACAAUUUCAGCAAACUGCUUACAAGAUAGAUUUUCAGCCUAAGGUGGCAAAGUACCUGCUGGACAACAGCACAGUGAUGGACGAGGAGAGCCUGUAUGAAGCUUCUCUGAGAAUUGAGCCCAAAACUUCAUCGUGAAGAGAAAUUAUGUCAUGAUGAUCAGAUAGAGACUKYARAGAAGGUUUCAACGUGUAYAUUUAUCAUUAUUUGUAUUAGACACAAUAGGCUGUGCCCUCCUUGUAUUUGCUUCCUAAUGAAUUCUGUGUAUUAUUGUUAUUAGAGACCGAAUAGAAGCCCACAGAGGUUUUAUUUCUAUAGUUAUAAAGUAUUUAUAUGUUCUAUAUUGUCUUAAAUGCUAAUUUAUGACCUGUUUAUUUUGCACUAGAGAGCAGAUAGAAAGGAGUGUUUACAGACUUGAUAUUUUAGUAUAUCUAAAUGGGCAACUGGAGUGUAACACAAAUUUCUCAUUCAUGAGAAAACGGCACUUUGUAGGAAGUCAAGAGUCUGCGGGAACUCGGCUUCAUGAAAGUUCCUGUUACAAAAUUAUUCAACUUGUCAAAAAUCACACAAAUGUGAUUUUCAAGUGGCUGUACAAUCACAGAUUGUACGUGGAUUUUUAAGAUAGCAGUCCAUGUUGAACGUGACACUGCAUAUAACAGUCAACAAAGUAGCAAACUUAGAGGUUACUUUCCCAGAACUUAAAGAUUCAUUUUCCAAACUCAAUAAACACUUUGYUGGAACUUUGACCAAACAUCAUACUGACUUUCCUAAAACUGAGCAGGUGCUUUCUAGGACCUUACUACUUACUAAGCCUGAGCUCAAARGUCACUUUCUGGAAAAUACAAGAGACUUUCCUGGAACUUUGAGGUUACUUCCCUACAAGUACUAGGUACUUUCUCAGAACUUGGCAGUUAUUGUCCUUCAGCUUCUUAGAAAUUAGAGGCUACUUCCCAGAAAUAUGUWUCUUGUAACUUAGUAGUUACAUUCCUGGGACUUACCAGGCACUUUUAAUAGGUUUUUAUGGAACUUUUUGGUUUUUUCGCCAAAGUUACCACAUACUUUCUGGACGAUAACUCAAAAGCAAUACAUAUUGUUAUAAACACAUGAUUAAUAUCAAUAGGUAGUACGUCCAAUUCAGUGUUCGCUAAUUUCACUGCACAGCAUUCUGGGGUAUGUAUGCGGAGGAAAGGCUUUAACUGCUGAACAUUUCACUUCCAGCGAUACAAGUGAGUGGCAUCAACUAACUCACUCACUCUUUGCUUACCUAGCAACUACCUGUUGUGCAGCAGCAGUUUAUGGUUUCACCAAUGUUUAAAAGUGCUUAAAAGUAACAAAAGACAUAAAAAAAAAGGCUAUGCCACCAGUUAGGGAGUAUUUCACAUACUUAAAACAAUAACAACAACAACAAAAAAAA